AAAAUUCGUUCAGUGCUAUUGUCCUUAUAACUUAAUUUUAAAAACUAUAUUUAUUCCAAUAAAUUAACUUAUUUUUCUUUCUUUGUUUUUUGAGUUUUCAAAAAGUAAAAAAGUGUGAAUAUUUUCGUAACUUAAUAUUUUCUAUAAUAAAAUUAAUUUAAUUGGACUUCACCAUAAAUUGAUUUUACAAAACUCAUUUUAAAAGUUUAUAUCAGACGUAUCCUUAUGGACGUAUCAGACGUAAAAAGACACGACCCGCCCACUACCUGCAGCAACAGAAGAACAAGCCCGGCCAAAUCCUUCAUCUCGUCUGUUCCAGAAGUUUAUUCGAACGGGGUUUUCUACGGAGCCGGAUAAUACUUCACGUACCUCAUAUGGGAUGGCCCUGUAAAUUGUGCAACACUGUGGUACCAGGAAAGAGUGACAUUUUAAAGCAUUAUAGACUGCAUCAUGGGACUUUUGGACACAGCCAUGCCUUGCCUUGUAUUCAUAUAGAUUGCCCAUGUUCUUUUAAAUCCUGGAGUUCCUUCCGCUCUCACCUCUCAAGAUACCACCCAGAAGCUAAAUCCUUCAUCUCACCACAACCAGUGCCUGCUACCUUCUCCUCAAGAAACAAGAUUGGAGGAAACGCGCAUGAAAAUUGGUCCCUCAUACGACUGUUGCCAUUCAUUAUUGGACACAAAAUACCUUUGAGUGAUCCAGCCUGGCUUCUGUUGAUGUCUUUAAAAGACAUUGUUGAGCUUGUUGUGGGUCCAGUCCAUAAUGAGGAAAGCAUUGCAUAUCUUGACUCAAAAAUUUCUGAACACCGACACAGAUUCCAGGAAGUGUUCCCUAAUGAAGAAUUAAUCCCAAAGCACCACUUUUUAGAGCACUAUCCUGCUUUGAUAAAAGCUUUUGGACCAGUUAUAGCUUUCUGGACGAUGCGGUUCGAAGCAAAACACAGCCAGUUUAAACGGAUUGUAAGGCAUACUGGCAACUUCAAGAACAUUCUCCUGUCCCUGGCUACAAAGCACCAGCUUAUGAUAAGCCACAACCUGCAUUCCACAACAGUUUUGCCUGCUCUUAGUGUUGUAAGAGUAACAUCAGUUCCAGUGGAUGUCCUACAUGUAAAUGUUCAGGAGUCAAUCAGGCAUAUAUCUCCUUCUCAGUCUCAUGUUCAGCUGGCUGACACAGUCACCUAUCAGGGAUCGAGGUACUCAAAAGGCAUGAUUGUGGCCUUUGGUUCUACUGCAGGUCUUCCUGAUUUUGCAGUGAUUCUUCAAAUUGCACUUAUCGAGGAAAGAGUGUAUUUUAUUGUGAGAACACAGAUAUCCUGGUUUGAUGAACAUUAUCGCGGAUAUUAUCUGGAGAAGACAGACCACAUAACUCUCGUUGAGCAACGAUGCCUUACUGAUGUAUAUCCUCUGUCUGCCUAUAUUGUUGCAGGAAAGCAAAUGGUGAUAUUGAAGCGCCACAUCUGUCUCCAACAUAACUCUUCUUAGAAAUGGAGCAAACUGUGAGAUUCCGGGUCCUCAUCGAUCAUGAAAUCAAGAAACUCACUCUCAGCAGUGGCAUGCCCUCAACUGUGAAUGAGUUGGUUGCAGCUGUCAAAGAACAUUUUUCCAUCCCCACAGAUAUAAGUCUUCAAUACAAAGAUGAGGAAUUUGAUGACUUCUUCACCCUAACAUCUACCAAUGAGCUGAAAGAUAAGUGCACACUUAAAGUUGUGUAUACACCGCUGGAGUUGACGCUGACCGUUGUUCCCCAGGAAAGCACCCCAGAUGCCUCUGAUGUCAGCUCUCUCUGUGAGUGUACGAGUCUCAGUGGGAACUCAGUGGAUACCGUCAUUCCGAGUCCAUCCCCCUCUGAAAGGCAGAGCCCAUGGCCUGCUGUGUUUCCAAUUCCAACCUUCUCACACAACACUGAACUGGCCUUAAGACAAGGAAACGAGAUUUAUUUAAGAGAUGGCACCCCUAUGA